AAGUUACCUUUCUGUAUGUAUUCUGUGGCCUUGACUCGCUCGUCUGCUCGCUGGUAUUUUUUGUCACUUGCUGUCUUCUAGUUAAUUUAUUGUAAUUUGGUGGUUUAUUUUAUCAUAGCCUAAUACCAUUUUGAAUAUAAAAUUAUCAGUUUUAGUACGAAUACCAAAAUGGAGUCAGAAGUAAGUAGCCUACUUGAAAAUUGUAUAAUCAUUGAAUCACAAUAGACUUCAUAACCAAAAAAUUCAGUGGUGGUGGGGCCUAUUUCAAAUAUAGAUGUCCACAUGUGACCAGAGGACAUAUGGCCAAUCACCAGUCUCAGAGCACAACAUUGAGUGAAAAUCAGACUCCAGGUUGACUAAGGCCAUAGGAAGGAAGUGUGUGGUGGUAGAAUAGCCAAAGUAGUAUUAGGAAGAUUGGAGGUUUCGGUUGAAGGCUGCAAUCAACAGAAGUUGAGUUUAGUCCAGAUGGCGACAGUUACUGUUAAAAGGGAAGAGGAGGAGGAGGAUGAUAGCAGCCAGCAACCAGCUGCAGUGGAAGAUGAAUGCAGCCAACAACAUUAUCUAAUCCCUGGCUACAACAUGAUUUUCAUCAAAGAGGAGGCAUAUGAUGAGCAAGAGGCUGAAGGAAGUUCCGAAAAAAUUGAACCAGCGAUGAGGCCUUCUAACUGCAGCACAUCUGGCCGAGACUAUGCACCAGAAUUGGGUGGACUGAAUGAGCAUUCAAUCUCACUAGUGGAAAAGUGCACUGAGUCAUCUGUGGAUGGCAAAAAGACCAACCUCUAUAGCUGUGUUCAUUGUAGCUAUAGAACACCAACAUUUAGUGAUUUGAAGAGUCAUAUGAGCACACAUACUGCAGAAAAACCUUUCAGCUGCGAGUACUGUGACUAUAAAACUGCUCAUUCAGGUCAUUUGAAAGAACAUAUCACAACACAUACUGGAGAAAAACCUUUCAACUGCGAGUUUUGUAACUACAAAAGUGCUAAGUUAGAUAGUUUAAAUAGACAUAUCAGAACACAUACUGGAGAAAAACCUUUCAGCUGUGAGUUAUGUGACUUCAAAAGUACUCAGUUAGGUCAUUUGAAAAGACAUAUGAGCACACAUACUGGAGAAAAACCUUUCAGCUGCGAACUUUGUGACUUCAAAAGUGCUAGGUUAGGUAAUUUGAAAGUACAUAUGAGAACACAUACAGCAGAAAAACCCUUUAGUUGCAAGUUGUGUAACUACAAAAGUGCUAGAAAAGGUGAUUUGAAAAUACAUAUCAGAACACAUACUGGAGAAAAACCUUUCAGCUGUGAGUUUUGUCACUUCAAAUUUGCUACCUUAGGUCAUUUGAAAAGACACAUCAGAACACAUACUGGAAAAAUACCUUUCAGCGUCGAGCUUUGUGACCUCAAAAGUGGUAUGUUAGGUAAUUUGAAAGUACAUACAAGAACACAUACAGCAGAAUAUCAUUCCAAGACAUUAUUGAUGAUUGCAGAUGAGCAAGAGGCUGAAGAAAGUUCAGUGAAGAUUGAUGAUCGACCACCAGAGAUGUGGCCUUCAAACUGCAGCACUUCUGGCCGAGACUAUGCAACAAAAGUUGUUGGAAAUUAUGAGCAUUCAAUCUCUCCAGUGGAAAAGUGCACUGAGUCAUCUGUGGAUGGCAAAAAGACCAAGCUCUACAACUGUGCUCAUUGUAGCUAUAAAACACCAAAGUUUAGUGAUUUGAAGAAACACAUUAGAAAACACACUGCAGAAAAACGUUUCAGCUGCGAGUUUUGUGACUACAAUACUGCUCAUUCAGGUCAUUUGAAAGAACAUAUCAAAACACAUACUGGAGAAAAACCUUUCAACUGCGAGUUUUGUGACUUCAAAAGUGCUAAGUUAGAUAGUUUAAAUCGACAUAUCAGAACACAUACUGGAGAAAAACCUUUCAGCUGUGAGUUAUGUGACUUCAAAAGUACUCAGUUAGGUCAUUUGAAAAGUCAUAUGAGCACACAUACUGGAGAAAAACCUUUCAGCUGCGAACUUUGUGACUUCAAAAGUGCUAGGUUAGGUAAUUUGAAAGUACAUAUGAGAACACAUACAGCAGAAAAACCCUUUAGUUGCAAGUUGUGUAACUACAAAAGUGCUAGAAAAGGUGAUUUGAAAAUACAUAUCAGAACACAUACUGGAGAAAAACCUUUCACCUGUGAGUUUUGUCACUUCAAAUUUACUACCUUAGGUCAUUUGAAAAGACACAUCAGAACACAUACUGGAAAAAUACCUUUCAGUGUCGAUCUUUGUGACCUCAAAAGUGGUACGUUAGGUAAUUUGGAAGCACAUACAGCAGAAAAUCCUUUCAAUGCAUUAUUGAUGAUUGCAGAUGAGCAAGAGGCUGAAGAAAGUUCAGUGAAGAUUGAUGAUCGACCACCAGAGAGGUGGACUUCAAACUGCAGUACAUCUAGCCGAGACUAUGCAACAGAAGUGGGUGGACUGAAUGAGCAUUCAAUCUCUCCAGUGGAAAAGUGCACUGAGUCAUCUGUGGAUGGCAAAAAGACCAACCUCUAUAGCUGUGUUCAUUGUAGCUAUAAAACACCAACAUUUAGUGAUUUGAAGAAACACAUUAGAAAACACCCUGCAGAAAAACCGUUCAUCUGCGAGUUUUGUGACUACAAAACUGCUCGUUCAUGUCAUUUUAAAGAACAUAUUACAACACAUACUGGAGAAAAACCUUUCAACUGUGAGUUUUGUGACUUCAAAAGUGCUAAGUUAGAUAGUUUGAAAAGACAUAUCAGAACACAUACUGAAGAAAAACCUUUCAGCUGUGAGUUAUGUGACUUUAAAAGUGCUAGGUUAGAUAAUUUGAAAAUACAUGUUGGAACACAUACUGGAGAAAAACCUUUCAGCUGCGAACUUUGUGACUUCAAAAGUGCUAGGUUAGAUAAUUUGAAAACACAUAUGAGAACACAUACAGCAGAAAAACCCUUUAGUUGCAAGUUUUGUAACUACAAAAGUGCUAGGAAAGGUGAUUUGAAAAUACAUAUCAGAACACAUACUGGAGAAAAACCUUUCAGUUGCGAGUUUUGUAACUACAAAAGUGCUAGGUUAGGUAAUUUUAAAGCACAUACCAGAACACAUACAGCAGAAAAACCCUUCAGCUGCGAGUUUUGUGACUUCAAAAGCUCUAGGUUGGUUGCUUUGAAAGCACAUAUCAAAACACAUACAGCCGAAACAACUCCCAGCUAAACAUUUAUUAUGGUCAUCAACAUCAACACAACACAGUUUCAACAAACUCUAGUUUUAGUUAUGAUUAUAGAAUCUUUGUAGACUGAAUAAAUAUAAACUGUAGCCAUUAUUAUCCGGCCUGUCUUUUUAGACUUGUUAUUGAGAUUGAUAUUUUUUAUUGAGUGUUUUAAUGUUUGAUUUAGCGAAUUCCUACUCUUAAGCACUCUAAUCCAACUUUUUAAAUAUUUAUUCAAUUUUUAAAAUUAAAAACCAGUAAUUGCCAAAACAGCUCCAUGCCAAUACAAGCCUCAUUAAAAAUUGAUUGUGUACUAAUUGACCGAGUGAAGUGAGGUCUAAGAUUCAAG